CGGGAACAAGCCAACAUCUCAGGAAACACCCAAUGGGUUUUUAGCCACAUCGCCUUACAUUUUCAAUAAUACGAGGACUGAACUAUUCAACUACACCGCAUUAGAUCUUUUGAAUCAGUGCCCGUUCACUUGGCGUAGUCCGCUUUGCCAUAUUUCAAGAUGACUAGUCUUUCGGCCCUAUCGGAGACCGAGAUGCGUCUCUUCAAUCAAGUCUGCGGGGCUGUAAAUGCCACGAACGAAAGUCAAAAGGACCUACUCAAGUCGUUUAUAUGUAACGAGUUAUCUCCUGAAUGGGCCCGCUUGGUGUCAUUGGCUGAAUCGAAUGGUCCCUUGGGUGUGCUAUCAGAGGACGAGUUGAAGUAUCUAAACGCUCUUCAAUCAGCUAGUCGCAGCCACCGAUCAACUCAAUCCCAUGCGGAAGUGGAUAUAUUUUCUGAGAUGCCAUUUAGUCAGAAGACUAUUGAUCAUAACAUGGUCAAGGCUGCUCUCCAUGACAUUAAUCAGUAUAAUAAUGUCCUUGAGAAACUUCUGGUGAAAUACAAAGAUUAUGUUCGCCGUAGCAUUGUUAACUUACAGCAACCUCCAGAAACCAAUGAUGAAGUGUCUAUGGUAAAGCAGAAGAUCUUUGCUCUGUCUCACAGGAAAGAUUUACUCAAAUCAAAGAUCCACAACCUAGAAAAUAAAAUCAGCCACCAUACUGAUCAACUUGAAGAGAUCGGUCAAAUCAAGUCCACCUUGUUAGAGACAGAUGACAAUGAAAGGUUAAAACCCGUUGCCCUAAAGCAAGUUUUCGAAACCACGAUUGUAUCCUAUGAUCAUAUCCUUGGUAGAUUAAAUGCCUUAUAUUGUGAGUUAGGCGACGAUGUUAUCGAUGACGAUGCGAUUCUUCGGACAGCCAGACGCCAUGCCAAUCAGAUCGUCUUAUCACUAGCUACAAAAUGCCGCGCAUCAUUAGAUACUGUUUUUCUGGAGACGUCUGCUACUCCUAAUAAACGCGUUUCUUUUGCGCCUGACAAUGCGCAAGCCAUUAAUGAUGAGCGCGAUGAUGUAUAUGCCGAAAUAAAAUCUCUGUGGGAUGAGAUGGUGCCGCUUGCGCAUAUGGUGGUAGAAAAAGAAUUUCUCAAGCCUAUCCUGGAGAAGGUCGAAACGUGCUCUGAGCGUCAGACUAUACGUGAUGCAACCGUUUCUCGCUAUACGUCUGCUAUUCUUGGUUUCAUGAAUGAACGUCUCCGUCUCCUAGCAGAUCGUAUUAAGAUGUUAGCUUAUCAUCACCAAUCCCUUCUCAGCACGUUUACCCAUAUGAACAACACACCAGACCUAGACGUAACCAAAAGACUAGCCAAGAAUCCCCCUUCAGACCAAAAAAAAGGAAGCAGCAAAGUAAAGGACCACACAUUGCUUGAGAGUAUUCGGCGUCAGAUGGAACUCUACGGCCCCGUCCCGAUAGACGUUGAUAAAGCUAAUCCGCUCACCCCACACAUGCAAAUUAGAAAGCUUGACCACUAUGUCACUUCACGACAGAAGAAGGGCAAUGAUCUCUCAAAAGAUAUACAUCAGUUCUUCGAGAAAGCCGCCAAGGCUGAGCUUACAGAUGCAGAACUCGGAUCCCAACUCCUCCUAGACUCCAUAAUAGCCGAUAGCGCCGCCGCCAGCUCUCAAAUGGGUGGACAUGUCUAUGAAGAUCAACAAGUCGAGGACUCAGUUACUACGUUGAAAUCCCAAGCUGGGGAAAUCCAAACGGUCUUUAGACAGCUUCGGGAGGAUGGGGCUGAUCCCUCGAUCUCAGCUCCUGACUUUAUUGCAUAUGCUCACAGUCAGGCAGCGAAACAAUUCUCCUACAAGGGUGGUGAAGGCAUUUCUCUCGCCAAGGGCCAAGAACAAUGUCCUAAACUCGCAGCUCUCAUCCACGAUUGGGGUGACUCAGUAAGUUUUACCAGCUAGGUCUUAGAUAAUCUGAAAUGAAAAAUUACAUUUGAGGUGCCAGGACUCUUAACUCAUGUUGCUCUCCAAUACACGUUCGCGACUUGGGGUUUUUACAAAGCCUCGGCCUAUAUACGUAUACCGGAGUGUCUAAACUAUAGCAAUAUGAACGUCAAAAUCGAGUACUUGUGAAUACUAAAUAGUAAACGCUGCAGCUCAAUGUCUAGCUUUAUCUUCCAGUGUUGUAUUAUUAUCGUCAAUAAUGUAAAAACUUCUUUAGUUUGAAAACGGAUUCUAAUUCGAGCCGAAAGCUCGAUUAGGAGAAGUUCAACAAUUCGGGUCUUUGUUUACACUG